GGGAGGGGAGGAGAAAGGGGUGUGCGAUGGAGCUGGAUUCUGAGCAGAGCUCUACCUGACCGGGUUUAAGGGAAAGGGGUGUGGAGGAGGAGAGUCCAGUCCAGGCUGACAGAGGGAGAGAUGGCGGAUCACAUUCAGUCCGCAGCCAGUAAAAGUAUCCGGCCUUUCAGGAGCAGUGAGGAGUAUCUGUACGCUAUGAAGGAGGACUUAGCGGAGUGGCUGAACGCCCUGUAUGGUUUGGAUAUCCACGUCGACAUGUUCAUGGAAGCGCUGGAGACCGGCUGUGUGCUGUGCCAACACGCCAACAACGUGAACCAGGCUGCCCGGGAGUUCGAGAGCCGCUGGCCCGAGGCUGCAGUCACCAUCCCCCGGGCCGAGGUGACCUUCAGCUCCAGGAACGUGUGCCCCGGCUCCUUCAUCGCCCGCGACAACCUCUCCAACUUCAUCGGCUGGUGCCGCCGGCAGCUCCGGGUGCGGGACGCGCUCAUGUUCGAGACCGACGACCUGGUCCUCCGCAAGAACGAGAAGAACUUCGUGCUGUGCCUGCUCGAGGUGGCCCGCCGCGGCUCCAAGUUCGGGAUGUUAGCCCCGGUCCUCAUCCAGAUGGAGGAGGAGAUCGACCAGGAGAUCCGGGAUGGCCUGCAGGAGACCCCUGACCGGGAGCUCGGUCAGCCCCGAGCCCAGAGGAGGCUCUGCGACUUCAAGAACCUGGACGCCAUGGUCUGUGAAAUCCUUGGCCACUGUACAUGUCCAUCACAGUUCCCUAUGACAAAAGUAUCUGAGGGUAAAUAUAAAGUCGGUGAGACCAGCACAUUGAUCUUCAUCAGAGUUUUGAGAAAUCAUGUGAUGGUGCGUGUUGGAGGAGGCUGGGAUACACUUGAACAUUAUCUGGAUAAGCAUGAUCCGUGUAGAUGUGCUUCACUCACACACCGCCCCACACCAAGGUUUCCGAAGACGAACCUGAAUACGAGUCCUCGUACCUCCAGAACUCCAAGCCCUGCACCGAGCCACUUCUCUGAAGGCUCAAACACACUCAAAGUGCUUGAGCUUAAUGUUCAAACGGAUAUAAAGGCGCCAUCUGCAACAGAGUUUGUAACUGUGAAACAAAACUCAAUACGACCUGAUCGACCAUUCAGUCCAACUAACACAGCUGGCAAAACGACAACAGAAAGGUACCAGGAUCCAUCUGUCAACUCAGUUCGUGGAACUGACAAAAUCAACAAGCGUUCCAUUCAAUCACGCAGCACAUCUGUUGGAAGAACUUCUUCACCUCAACCACGUGAUCGUUCGGUACCAAGACUUACAAACUCUAGAAGGCAAAGAGAUGACUCAAUUCCCCGACGGCAGCCAGGUGACCAUGAAAGUCCAUCUACACAAACUGGAAGACAGAAGACAUCACUCUCUGUGAGUAAGGCCUUAAGUGAUGAUGUUCUGAUCAUAAACCGAAUUGGAGGUACCCACAUGAUCCAAAGAAAUGGAGUGAAGCAAGAUUCAAAGCAAUGGACUGGUCAAACGAGGAGGAGGAGUGAGCCAUCAGACCAGAGUGCGGGCUGUGAAAAGUCACGCCAGUCCCUGGAUACCCCUCCGCAAAGACGCAGUAAUGCACGUGUUUCUCGAGAACCCAACAGGACACCAAACCAGAAGCCAACUGUGAUAAAGAAGGGGAAGUUGCAAAACAGCAAUGCUAUCCUGAUCAGCCGAGGGAAAGAGGGACAGCAUUCCUGGGUUCGUGCAGAUGAAUCAGAGAGUAGUAGUAAAGAAGCAAAUACAAGGAUUUCUCGAACUAAAUCACCUGUUCCAUCAGCUUUAAACCAUUUGCAUGCAGCUCAGAAAGAGACCAAAUGCCCAACUCCUUUAGUUUCCAAGGCAAAGACAUCUAUGACUUCAAAGAGAUCAUCUAGUCCUGUGCCUAAAGUUUGUUCAUCCAGGCAGUCAAUACCAUUGUCUCGACCUGGCAGAAGCACUCAGCAGGCUUUGUGCUAUGACGACAAUCGGAAUGUGUUAAAUGUUUGUGUAAACUCUCCUGACCAUCCCCAGUCUUCUGUUGGCUGCAGUGACACAAAUGGGUGCACUCCAAGCUCCCCCUCAGAGACUGAAGGCGAGGGGGGCAUAUUCAGUGUGACCCAGGAAUUUGAUUCCAGUAAAGAACAAGAACUCUACAGGAGCUUUGAGGAGGAAUUUCUGGCAAAUACAAAGCAAGUCCCAUUGGAGGACGGUGACCAUGAGAUUUCUGAAAUGUUUCUUGAUGCUACCACAGUCCAGCCAGUUCAAAAAGCAGAGCAGAAUGUCAUUGAUUCUGCAUACUACUCCAUAACCACCUCCACUACGUCUGUAAACCUUAUGAACAAGCUGCAGGGUCACCUCCGGGAAGAGACUGAAAAAAUCUCAACGCCCCUGUUGGGGUGCUUAUGCCAUGACACAAACUCAAUGGUAAGUGAGAUCCAAGAAGGAUAUGGUCAGAUGGACUGUGUAGAUGGUGGUGGAUGGCAUGGAGGGUGUCCAAGUGUAUGCACAACAUCUAAUGUUCUCAAAACUAUAGAGAAUGUAAAGGAACCUAUACUGUCGAGUCCCUUAGCCGAAAAGACAUUUUAUAUGAUGCACCUGAGGGGCCCAGCAGAACUGGAGAAGGAACAGAAUGGGGAUGUCCCCACUGAAAGAAACACUGAACAAAGGGACUGCAAGGCAGUGGGCAGAAUUCCUGCCUUGAACACAGGGGAUGAUCAAAGCCAUGAAAACAGUGAAGGAUCCUUCAUUGAGACAUCCAGUGAGUCGUCUGUUAAUGUCCAACUGAAUUCCCAUCACAAACAUGGUGUUCAAAUGAGGCCCAAGAAAGGGCUAAAGAAACCCGACCGAGUGCCUUCCGUUUACAAGCUGAAGCUGCGGCCCAAGAUUCGGCCACGCACUGACAAUCAACCAGAAAAGAGGCCCUCGAGAAUUCCCACACCGGUCAGCUGCAAAUCAGGCCUGAAGUCUCCAAGAUCAGCUCCCAGCUCUCUACAGGAUAGACGCAAGCUAAAACACAAAAUAAUCCUACACCACGAAGAACUUCAGAGUUCCAGAGAGGAGCUCGUGCCUUCGCCCACAGAGACCAGAGAGGUGGUUCCAUCGGUUAACCAGGAUGAUGGGUCCUGGGUUUAACUUCUCAAAUGAGUUCCUUGUUUACAGUUUAAAACUCUGAGCUUUUCCUUUGCACUUGUAUCGAUUUUGAAAUGAACCAAAUGACUAUCAGCAUCUCAGGUUGAAUGCAACUCAGCAAGUUUAAAAAUCCUAAUCUCCCUGUAUACUUAGUGCUGGGACCGGAGCAGAGAAAGGAGGCGAAUCUAAUUGGAUGGGAUGACUAGAAUCCUCCAAUUACCCGACACUGUUUGUUGCAGGCAGGGAUUAUUGUUGCAGUUGGUUUCUUGCAAUCGGACAGAUUCUUUCACCUCUACUUUGGGUUCAUCUGUCACCAGGGCUGUUGAAUUCUGACUGGGACAUUGGGUUCUAUCAAUGGCCAAGAGUUGUGCCCCAUGAAUUCCUUUUUUGAAAUGGAACACCAAAUCUAACAGUUAUGAAUCUGGAUGUAUUUUGCUUGACUUUGAGGGGAAUAGACUGAAACCAAAUGGUCACUUGUUUACAUUUCAAAUGUGGUACAAAAACAACCUUCCUCCUAGAGACCAGCUCCUAGCCCAAUGACAUUUCUCCUCUUGGUUUCUCUGAUGGGGUGUGGUGGUAGAAAACUAACACCAGCCGAAACCUCUUGUCUGUCCACUCGUUUUAUCGUGCGUAUUUCUCCUUCAGUACAUCAUGUAUCUUGUAGCUGGUGACCUAUCGUGUUUGUGUAGCGAGUUAGAGAAUUCACCGCUUGCCCUUAAGGUUUGUUCUUGUGUGGUAUUUAUUUUGUCAGACCUGAGAUGUUCACUUUUUUUUCCCUGUGCUGCCAAUCCACAAGAGUCCGAAUGAUUGUGUGGCAGGACAGAAAUGUGGGAGCUUUUAUACUGAGCAACAUGCACUGGAACUGUCGGGUGUUCACACACUACCCAAUCCUCUGAGUUAAUAACUGACUGAAAGUUAGAAAUCUUAAAUUAUACCUAGGUGAGGAGUUAACCAUCUCAAAGAGACCAAGUGAUCCUCGGCUCGGCUCUGAGCAACCAGUUCAUUGCAUCAUUUGCACAUCUACAAAACUCUCUAUCGAGCCAGUUUCACUUCAUUGUACACUGGCACCUGGCUCAAUCUCUGCAGAAAGUGGUGUUCUGUGUGAAUGCUGCUGAAAAAAAUUAUUAACUGAUUAAUUAUCCAACCAGUGGGUUAAUCUCUGGAAUGGGCUGAGUAAUUUUUAACAAGGUUAAUUUCUGUACAGUAAUCCUUUUAAAAGCAAAGACUUAGUGAUCCAGAAUGUUUGAAUGGGGAUGGUUUUUGAGCGGAAUCUGUAAUGUUAAUGUGUUUGAUUGAGAGUUCCUGACUGAAUACACUUUAACCUCUGGAUUCGAUGUAAAUACAGUUUCUGCUCAGAGGUUGGCGCUAAGCUGAGCAGUGCUGCUCACGGGCAGAGACAGGAGAGAGUCUGGGCGAGGAAGCGGUAUUGGACAGUGAGAGCUCAGGUCUGGAGACCCUGGGAGAUCAGCAUUCUCAAUUAAGCACACUAAUCCUACAGGUCCGAUAUAAUCUCCCAGGUUAAUUCGCACAGCAGGGGUCUGCCUGGGUUCUGGAAUAUCUUUAUCUCCCUGUAUCUAACUUGAAUAGUUGGUGUAUUAUAGAGUGGAAUCCCAAACUUGAAAAUCACUUACGUGUAGGAAUUGCACCUUUCUUAAAAUUGAGCCACUUCUAUUCACAAUCCUGUUUGGGUUGCCCCUCCAUCUCGCCAUUAUUCCUAAAUCCCACUUGUCCACAGACAGUGGAUGAAACUUUUUAAAUUGCCAGAACAUUAGAGAUAUGUAGCUGUUGACACGGUGUCGCCUGCGAUAACGUCCUGGCAUUUAAGUUGUGAAUUUUGAUCUGUUUAAUUAUGAAUGAAUAUACAAUUUGCCCACCAAAAUCUGGGGGUAAAUUAUGCCCCGUUUCUGUUGCUGCCCCCUUGCUGGUCAGGUUGAAGUAAGUGAGAAAUGCUUCAAGUAAUUCCCCCUAUCCUUUAGAAGGUAGAUUUAGAUGUUUCACUUCCAAGUGACAUCCAUAGUACACCAGGCCUCGCUCUGUGAGGUUCCUGUGUUCUUUUAGAAGCUCACAGCCAGUUCUCUCCAUUUGAUGUGAUAAAGUUUCUCGUUCUCAGUUUCAGAUUCCAUAUUUGAAUUUACAAUGUGAAUUAAUUAUUUAUGCAAAAGAUUUGUGCCCCACCCUUUGACUUGACUUGUGGAAGGGAAUUCGGAGUAAAUAGCCCAAAUACAGCCAGCACAAUGACCAACACCCAUUCAAUUUAAAAUUGUUAAAUUGUCUUGCGGGGAUAUUAUGUUUAAUUUUGGAACCAGUCGUAUUGCUGCUACUUGCAGGUACAUUGUUUGCACGGUGUUAAAUUUAAACUAUUCCCUCAGUCCAAAACUGACUUGUGGUAAAUCUAGGUAGUGUCACCUUAUAUUUAAGGAGUUGGUUGUAGGGUAUUUGAUUUUCUCUGGCAUGAUUGUAUUUAUUCAAGUGUAAAGUAUGCAGUUAUUAACUAUGCAAUUUCAGCUGGUGAAAACGUUUUAAUGAAAAUAUCUUAAAUGAUUAUUCACUGGUUAUUUAAAUACUGAUAGCACUAUUCUGCUAAAGAUGUUUAAAAAAUUGACACUAAGUAGGUAUGCAUUAAUUGUGGCACAUUUAAAUUGCCCGUUAAGUCCUGAAAUUCAACUAAUUCUGUCAUAGAAUUUGAACACCUGCAGGUGGCUGUUUUUUAGCCUGAUACAUAUCAAAACAUGUAUUAACAGUGUUCUUUGAAAAGUUGACUAAUUAAGAAAAUCUAGUGCAGAUAUUCAGGAUUUUGCCUUUCUUUAGAACUCCUAUUUGUGUAAAUGAGCAGUUACAUUUGUUUGAGUGGAAUUAUUUUUGGGCCAUUUUUGACAGGAUGUAUACGUGGUAACCAGAAAGGCAGCUGGUAUUGGAACCUGUCAACAUAACAGAUGCUUUUAAGAACAGCUGUACUGCAAGGAAGGCUUGACAGAUCCAGUUUGCCAAGAGGCACUAAUGAAUAGAAUUGUGCAUAAGUGAGGAAAUCACUGCUUUGCCCUCCACUGAUUAGAGAGAGUUUUUCAUGCAAGGAUUUGGUCUUUCUGACUGUCCCUUUUUGUCUUAUUUCUGUUUUCCUUCUCCCCGCAUUAUUUCUCUUUCAUUUCCCCCAUCCCUAAUUGUUUUCUCCCCUGACUUUCUCAUGAUGAGGCCAUUUUAUUAUUUUGAUCAAGACUGAAAGUGGAAAGUUACCCCUAUCACUUUAAGAAAGCUGCGACAGACUGUAUGUGCUCUAUAUUUGUCUUGUCAGUACCUCAACUUCAAAGGCUCAGGAACAGCCUGAGCCGGAUGGGAGUAUGUCGACAAGGAAAAGUUAUCUUUAAUCAAAUCCUGUGCGUAUAAGUACAUGAUUUCCAUAAGAAAUGUUAACGUCUUUAAGGCAAACAGGAUUGGCUUGUAGCAUGUUACACAAAAACCCUCCUGGUUUGAAUUGAGCAUUUGUCUUUGAAUUAUAAUUGGUGCAAAUGGGAAUCUCCAGCCUGCAGGAGAGGAAAUAAAAUUCACAGAAAUAGUGUGACCCGUUCAAAGGCCGAGCAGCUUAACUGAGAUUAUUAAUGGAAUUGUACAAGGAGAACCUUGGGGAACGUUAAAAGCACUGAUCACCUCUGUCCACUUUUUUAAUAGGCUUUUAUUUAGAUUAACAGUAGUGGUUAAAAUGCUGAAACAUUCUUGAUAAGAUCCUUGAACAUGUGCAGUGCAUAUGUAAAUUACACAGUGCUUCAAAACAAAUGCUUUGCCUCCCUGCCACCCUUGCCUUAAGGUCUUGCUUCUACUCUUUAACAAUGUAAAGGAACAUAAGAGUUGUAAUUUUUUUGUGUUUGCAAUGAACAGUGUUUUGAUCUGUCCUGUUGGAAUGGAGCAAGUGAGAAUUAAAUGUGAGAUUGUGAUCCAGUAAUGUCAUGAAAGAAAAGGAACUUGUACCAAAGAUCUGCAAUAUUUGUAAAUGUUUAGUUUAUUUCAAAGUAAGGUCACACUCAUUGUAUUAUUUUAAAAUAAAAUGUUAAAUAAAGUUCUUUUUAUAGAAA